GAAAUAUAGAAAUUGUUAAUCUAUCGUAAAAUUUUGAAAAAAAAAAAAAAAAAAAAAAGAGAGGACCUUUUACAUUAUUGGUAUGGUAUUACAUGUCCCCUUGUUGUUUGCCCUGCCAACGCAGAUUGCUUACGUUCGUUCACUCGGUUGAAUCCUACCGGGAUGAUACGAAUUCACGUUUUUGUGUUGAGCGGCGGCACGUAUCUACGGUGUUGACGCGGAGGUACCUCGCGCGCGUCCAUCUACACAUGCGUAGGGUUAGCAAUCCGUUUGAGGAAGCUGCUCUGUAAGGGCACACGAGAGUGCCGCGUUUGCCGUUGCCUCUGCCGUUGCCAUCGCAUUCGCGUUUGCCCUUCCUGUGGGGGAGAGAACCCCCUUGCUGACGACCGACCGAUUUAGCCAAGCCGCGCGGGGGGGAGCAGUUCACGCAUAUUUAUUCCUACACGCACAUAUGCCUUAGCGCAUAACUCUACAUUUUUGCAAAUCGUUUUUUCCAGCCCGAGUGUGAAUAGCCCAUUGCGCAGGCUUCCGCACAGUUGGGGUGUUUGCCAUCUGUACCCCCCGUUGAAUUCCCCCCCCCGCGUCUGUCCCGGCUGGAGGGAAGAGAAGCUAAGGGGAACGCCGCGAAGAGGUUGCCACAUAAACCCUUCGGCAGAGCAACCCCAGGUCCACCCGUCGAACCGAUCAACCACCUCACAGCACAAUGAAGAAGGACGCAGCGGACAACAACAAGCUGACGAACAAGGAGAUGAACAACUUCCGGCUGAUGACGCAGCUGAUAGAGCUGAAGAAGCACAAGAAGGCAUUCAAAAUAUGCGAGCAGAUACUUAAGAAGUACCCGAAGAACGGCGAGACGCUGGCGGUGAAGGGGUACCUACUAAACCUGAUGGAUGAAAAAAACAAAGAGGAAGCCUUUAAGCUUAUUAAAGAAGGGAUAGUAAAUAAUAUCUCGAGCAGUUUCUGCUGGUACUUGUAUGGAUGCCUAUACAAAAUUUACAAAAAUAAUGAUGAGGCUUUGAAAUGUUACCUUAAAGCGGUGAAGCUGAAUCGGUAUGACUACAAAGCUUUGAAGGAGGCCUGUAUCCUCCUGCUGUACUUAGGCAGGUAUGAACAGUUUAAGGAUCUUCGUAUAGAUGUUUAUAAAGAUACCGUCAAGGGGGUAAGAGAUAAGGCCAUUUUAAUUUUCGCCUUUCAUCUGUUGAAGCAGUAUGAAAAAUGCUUCAUCAUAAUUAACCAGCUGAAGGAUGAGUUGGCCCCCAAAGGGAGUGCUAUUCGGGACCCAAUCAAGGGAAGCGAUUUGAACCCCAUUGAAAAACACGAUUUGAUAGUCUACAUGUGUGAAAUUUUAUUGGAAGGGAAGCUUUACGGAGCUUGCCUGGACCUACUGAAGACACACGAGGAGGAGCUGCUGGACAAACUGUGGUAUAAUAAAAUGGUCGGGCUGGUGUACCUAUUUGAGGGGAAAUUUGAGCAGGCCAAUUUACAUUUUAGGAAGGCCUUCGAAAUGAAUUAUGAAAAUUUGAAUAUCCUUCUGUUGAUUUUGUACACAGAGAGGAGUUACUCCCUUGAUGGGAGGGGAAGCAGUGGAGAGGCAGACGACGCAGCGAAGAAGGGAAGAACGCUCUCCAGCUUGUUCUUCCUGGACUAUAAGGAUGAGCACAAAAUGGAUGACCAGGUGGAAGUGGACGAGCAUGUAAAAGUACUGCUGCACGAUUUCAUUUUGGACGUCUAUGGGUCCAACAGAAAUUUGAAGUUGCUGGCCAGGAAGGAGAAGAACGUCUUGAAUGACUACGUGAGUCAUAAUUGGGGAAUGAAAAAAUAUGACGUUUACACCCUUUCCGAAUUUAACAACUUUGUUAAUGUAAAUUUGGUGGAAGAGAAGCACUUUAAGCAAAACUUGCAUUUGGAAAAUACGGAUGAGUAUAUCCACUCGAUGAGGGAAAGUAUCCAAACGGAAAUGAACAACAUCGCCAAGGGGGAAGAUGUCCACUCGUAUAACAUUAUUCACUGGUCGGAAAAACUGGGAGUGGACUUGCCAUUUUGCUAUAAAAAAAAAUUUGAAAAAUGCAUGAAUAUGAUCCACUUUUAUAAAAUAAAAAAUCUGAACGAGGAGGAGGAAAACUGCUUUGAAAAUUAUUUUACAAAUUUGCAAAAAAGUUAUAAACAUUCGAAUUUGUUAAAAAUAUUUCCACUGUACUUUUACAAUGAGAAAAAAUUUUCCUUUCACGUGGAAAAGCUACUCCGCAGCCUUUGCUAUCAGAAGUGCUUGACCAUUUUCAGCUAUUUUAGGCCCUUCUUCACCUACAAAAAUGUUAAAAUAAUUCUUUUUUUGCUCCACAAAUAUGUUGAAAAUUAUGAGCGCGUGCGGGACAUUCCCCCCUUUGACUGUGGCACCGUGUGUGCGGAGAUCGGGGGGUGCUACGACUGCUUGGGGGGCGACAUAAAUCAAGCAGGGGAGGAAUCCCCCCAAAAGGAGGCCCAAGGAUGGGUUGAGGAGGCCCCCGAAAAGAGGGAAUUUACGCCAGAGAAGAACCAUGAGGAGGAUCACCCAAAUGGCGAGGCGAUAAACGGGGAGCUCCCCACCGGAGAGGACAAACACCAUUUGGAAAGCACCAACGGAGAAGCGGAAGAGACCCCCCAAGUGAGCGGCGAAAAAAAACUUGUGGACAACUUCCUAGACGAGACGGAAGAAAUGAAAAACAUCAUUGGAAUGGCCACCCCCCUAGGGGGAGGAGAAAAGACCCAAAAGAAGGACCAAAAUGGGAAAAAAAUCGAAAGCGGAAGUGGGAAAAAAAACCCCGAUGAGGGGAAAGAAAAAAAAGAAAUAAAACUUGACUUGAAGAAAGUCACUCUAACGGAGGAGGAAAGGAAGGAGUACUUCAUGUUGUGCAUUCACUCCUUCGUUAGUCAGCUGUAUGACUACAUAAACUGCGCGGAGGAAUCGCUAGCUCUUCUCAAGGACAGCUCAAAAAAAAUCUCCUUCAAGGUAAACGAGUCGGUCAAACAGGAGCUCGUUUUCAUAAAGGGGUUAAUUUACAAGCGAAAUGGGAAUUACCUAGAAGCGUACACGCACCUGGAAGAGUGCAGAUUGGCCAACAUUGGGGAUAGGUACAUCAAUUCGAAGACGAUUAAAACUUGCCUGAAGUGUGGCCUGAUAAAGGAUGCCAAGAAAAUGGCCUCCAUCUUCACCAACCCCUUGGACAACAACUUCAUGAAGAACAUCAACGAAACGCAGUGCUUCUGGUUGGAGUUCAGCAUCUCGCAGAGCUUCUUCAACAACCACCCGAACGUCCACUUGGGGAGGUACCUCAGCUUGGGCCCCGACAGCUUGUACGACUUUGGCGGGGAGGAGGCAGAGAAAGGGGACGCGGCAUUGGGAAGCGAAGCGGCACUGGAAGGGGAAGCGGCACUGGAAAGCGAAGCGGUGGCGAAAAGGGACGCGACGGGUGAUCCUUGCGGCAAGAGCGUUGAAAGGCCCAAACUGAACCUGCGAAGAAGCAUCCUGGUGGACAACGACAUGCUCGGGAGAAACGAACUUAACGACUACAGCAGAGGGCUGCACUACCUGCACAUGGGCCACAAGCAGUUCCUAGACAUUCACGAAGACCAAAUCUGCUUCUACUAUUACACCAUCAGGAAGAUGCUCUAUAGGUCCUACCGGCACCUGCUGUGCCUGACUAGCGAAAUGUUCUCGUGCAGAUUUUACCGCAAGUUUGGCAAGGCGUUAAUUAAGGCGUUACUACACAUACACGAUUGCGGAUUAUUAAAAAAAAAUGACUUGAAUAAGAAGAGCAAAAAGAAGACGAAACCGAGUGUAGCUAGCCAAGAUGAAAGUGAAAUCUAUGAGCAUAUAAAAAAUGACCCCUUGGAAAAUGCCAUGAUUUAUAUGAAAACGUUUCUUUCCCAACCGAAUGUGGAUCUCUCUGUGUACAAGUUGAAAUUUGACAUUGAGAGGAGAUCACCUGACAAGGACUACGCAGCCAUGAUCGACACCCUCCUAACGAUGAAGACCAUAUUUCCGCACCAUAACUACAACUAUAAAUUUGGCCCGGCCAUUUCGUUCUACUUGUGCGCAGUCCGUUUGGAUAGCGCGAGCGAGGAACAAGGAAAAGAAAUCACCAGCAAGCUAAACGACCUUUUAGGGUUGAAUCACCCUGCGUACGGCACCGAGUUGUUAAAGGAAGUCAGGGCACAGUAUAUGGAAAGUUUUGUAAAAUUUUUUAACGAGCAUAAGAAGGGCGACUUGCGUUAUUACCAGUCAGCCCUAGAAAUGUACCUGGAUUGUGACGAACGGGUAGACGAAGGACUUUUGGAAAAAGCCUACAUCGACCCCAAGAAGAAUAAACUAACGAGGUGUUUGAAAUUCCUCCGAUUUUUAAUCAAAUGGGAAGGGAAGCACGCAGAGUUGGCUCCCCUGUUGGACCACUUUAAGACCUGCUGCAGAGAAGCCUUCCCGCUGGCAACGGCAUUCCAGUGAGCCGGACAAGAAGGGAUAAAAAGGAGAAGAGCUCAUCGCAUGUGUAUCCGCGCGUUCAACAGACAUGGUGGUAAUAGUAGCCAAUCUGGAAAAGAAAAAAAAGAAGGGGAGAAAAUCUCUAUGCCUGUGCAUUUCCUGUGCUUAUUGCGUACCUUUGUGGCGAAAAUUCACAUAAGCGCACAGCAUUUGCUGGUUAGACCCGCCAGCUUAUAAAAGCGUGUACUUCUGCUCACAAUGCGUGCUGCGUGAAUGGGAGAGAGUACCCCUUUUUAAUUUUUUCCCCCUCUCUCUAUUUACUGUGUUUCCAUUUG